CAAGCUCUGCCUCUGUUAACGUCAGUCACCCCUUAACGGAGUAAAGUCUAUUCAAAUUUGCGUCAUUGAAUUAGUAAUGUAGGGCCGGGUUUGGUCACCAGUUCUCCUAACAUUUUCGAAGCACUAUUACCACCGGAGUUACCCCGAGAUGCUUCCGAGCCCCGCAGCUUCGAGCACCCCAUUCUCUGUCAAGGAUAUUUUAAACCUGGAACAUCGCCAUGGAAAGCACUGGAUCCUAGAUCAUGGGGGCACAACUCCGGAUGUCCUGCCUUCGUCUUGUAUGUUGGAGCAAGGAUAUCAGUCCAAAUGCACCGUGCUACCAGGCCUUGGCAAUGAGGUGAUGAAACCUCAUGUCCAGAAGAGCCAUGCGGCGUUUCCAGCUGGUGUGAGUGUGACUGAUAGCCCGAACUCCAGCGAACCGCGGAUGGAGAUCGCCAUUCACAGCAACAGCCCAGAGGGAAAGGCGAUGGAUAAAAAGACGACGCGUGAAGCAAGAAGGAGCGAUGCUGUUGAAGGCUCUGGGAGGAGGGCUCGGCGGAAACCGCGAGUGUUGUUUUCUCAGGCCCAGGUCUAUGAGCUGGAGAGACGCUUUAAGCAGCAAAGAUACCUAUCCGCCCCAGAAAGAGAUCAUCUAGCAAGUGUGUUAAAACUGACAUCGACACAGGUCAAGAUCUGGUUCCAGAACCGCAGGUACAAAUGCAAGAGGCAGCGCCAGGAUAAACAUUUGGAAUUGGGAGCAGCGCCUGCUGCCCCUCGCCGGGUUGCUGUGCCUGUGUUGGUACGGGACGGGAAGCCUUGCCUUGGAGCAUCCCCUUCCUACAGCGCACCAUAUAAUGUCAGCGUGGCACCGUACAGCUACAAUAUUUAUCCCACUUAUCCCAACUACAGCACUGGUACCUGUGACGGAGACUACAGCUGCAUGUAUUCGAGCGUGGCUACAAUGCAGCAGACCGCGUCUGCCAGUCCCUUCGUCAACAUGGGCAUGAAUUUUAAUGUUGGCAACGGGAAUUACUCGGCAGCGCAGUCUCAAGCCCACCAAAAUCCCGGAGUGUCGGCUCUGCAAGGUUCUUUGCAUGGAAUCCGAGCCUGGUAAGGAUUGCGGUCAAGAAUGAGAGACAGCUGGUGACCUCAAAACCAAUGCCAGCAAUUUUCAAUGUCGAAAUAAUUUAAGAAGCAUGAAUUCCCUGGGAAUGGUAAGGCAUUUGUGCAAAAUAAAUCGAGGAACUUGUCGUUUUAUUUAUUAUGGUACUUUAAUUCGUUUUUAAAAUUAGGUCUGUUCAUAACGAAUGUUUGGAUGUAUUUGAUUGCAAAAGUUGGACGCCGUUCGGAUGUGUGCCUUUGGUGACCUGACUUAUUAACAGGCCUAACUUUGGUACCAGUGUCAAACAGUUUCCGAUAUGUCUUUUGGCAAAAAAAAAGUAACCUCUUGAAAUUGUCACUGACAGAAAUUUUUGUAAGGUUUGA